AAUUUAUUUAUGUUUAAAUAACAUUAAGACUUUGCAAAAGUUGUUGUGAAUGAUUUUUUAGGAGGUCCUAAAAUAAUUAAAUAAUGUCACAUAAUUAAUGCCUAAAAAGGAUUAACAGCUGUAUUUGUUGUUUUUCUUAUUUGGUGGUAUUAAAACUUUUCUUUAGGUGCUUAUUUAUAUGUAAGAAUAGAAAUUAAUAUGAUAGUUAGGAUUACAUGGUAGUUAUGGAGUAAUUUGGGUUGUUAAAGAUUUUACAUUUCCAGAUAGAACAUUUUAGAAUAAAAUAACAAUUGGAUCAUUGAUAUUUACAGUAUCAUUAUUAGGGUUGUAUUGGGUAAUUGCCUGGUUAUAAAUAUCAGAAGGAAUUUAAAAUCCAAGUAAUGGUAGAGUAGUGACUGCUAUUUUUGCAUAUGUUUUUGGAGUUGUUUUAAUGAUUGUAAGUGAUUGUUAAAAAUACUAUACAUUAAAAUAUAAAUAAGGAUUAAUUACAGAAGGAAUGUUUAAAUAUAAUAGAAAUCCAAAUUAUACAGGAGAAAUGUUAUUAUAUUCUUCUUUUGCAAUUUUAAGUGGAAAUUGGUUAGCUUAUGCCAUAUUAUUUACUGUAUGGAUAGUUGGAUUCUAUGGAUUCAUGAUCAAUAAAGACAUUUCAUUCUCUAAGAAGUAAGGUUGGAAUGAAUAUAAAAAAUAAUCAUAUUUAUUUUUGUGGAAAGUUCAUUCUAAUGACAUUAUUAAUUAUGCAUUAUAUGGAGCUUUAGUUGCUUAUUUAAUAUGGGAUUAUCAAGUAAGUGGAGCAAUAACAUUAUUAAAAAAAUGAGUUUAC